AAAGUUGAUGAACGACAAUUAAAGUGCGCGAAAACGUUGCUCUGAAAAGUGAACGCGUAGAAACUACUUUUGCUGGAAAAAUCUUACACAAAAAUAAAUCUCAAUUAAAAAGAUAUUUUUAAUCAGAUAAAAAACGUUAAGUACUAAAAACAAACUCGUCUACAAUGUUCUGCUCAAACGUCCCGCGUUUUGUGCUACUGGCAAGUGCAUUCUUCAUAGCCACAAUCGGUGCUGCACCAUAUCAGGAAUUGAUUCCAAAACCCGGAUAUGUAGCAGUUUACAUAAGAGAGGGUAAUACUCCAUUGAGUGAAAUACAUCCCAGGUUGGCGGAAGCAUUCAAUGAAAUCGAAUCAGAAUCACUUACUCUAGUGUCCGAUGAAAAGAAAGAUGAAAAAGAAGCACCAGUAAUUACUGCUGAAGAAGUAGAAUCCACUGAAAAGAAGGAAGCAUUAGCUGAAAAAGAAAAUAUCGAAAAGCCAGAAGAAAUAAAAGAAGAAGAAAAUAAGCCAGCAGAAGCAGUUCAAUCGCCUCCAAACAUAGAGGAACUAACACAGAAGGAUAAAGAAUCUGAUAUAGCUUCCUUUGACGUUGUCAAAAUGGAGGAUGAGAAAGUUGAAAAUUGAGAAUUAAAGAGCUGAGUGUUGCCAUAUACAAUUGAGUAAAUUAAAUUUAUUAUAAAUUGAAAUCGAUAUUAAAUUUUUUAAGUAAAUAAAGUGAACCUUUAAAUUAUG